AAAAAACAGAUGAUUGACAGUGACAGUUGGUAAGCAAACACCAUGUUUUCUUGUAUUAUUACUAAUAAAUUUUAUUGAUUUUAAAAUGUGUUUUUAAAAAAUCAUUUAAAAACCGCGUGAUUUCAACAAGAAUGAUGAACAGCAAGAUAUUAAACACAAUUGCAAACGCUAUAGAUAGCAAAGAAGAAGCAAAAAAACGAAAAGAUUUUGGAAAAGUAAUCCUUCAAGACCUCGCUACUUGUGUACAAAACUGUCAAAAUAGAUUUGGAGGGAAAUCUGAGUUAGCUACCGAAGAUGAUUUAAGAAUAUCGCAGUUAUGUGAGAAAUGGGAAAAAGUAUUGAGCCAUGGCAUUAGAACAAAUUUAUCCACAUCAGCAUUACAAAAUUUGGUUUCAGCAGGCUUAAAUUUCACAUUCAACAUUGUGAAUAUUGGAAAUUCUUUAUGGAGCUAUACUUGUUUACACCUCACAAAGCACGAAAAAGAAAGAUUCAAGAUUCUAUCGAAUAUUAACACUCCACUUGGAUACUUCAGAGCAUUCCUUCGAGCUACUUUGAAUGAAAGGUCUUUGGAAAGAUAUCUACAAAGCUGGGUGUCCCAUGGUCUUCUCAUGGAGUAUUAUGAAGACUGGGCUCUUGUGCGAGAUACUGAGGCAACAAAUCUACUUCCAAACAUGGCUGCAGGCUUAUCAUCUAUUUUGUUUGCGUUAUCAAUUGAUAGAAGUGAAUUGAAUGAGUCACAGCAAACAAAUCAAAUUAGCAAAGCAGAACAUGUUAUACCUCUACCGGUACCAGUAAAAUCGAGUAAUAUGAAACGCAAACCAUUACGACAAGUAAUAUCUUUUGAUAAAACCGAACAGAAGAAUCAAUUGAGUGAUAAGAGAAAUUUGUUAGGAUCUGGUGACCGCCCUGAUACAGAUAUGUGGAAAAGUGCACCGGCCACAUGUUUGAACUCACCAGAUCCGAAAGAAACUUCGCAAAUUACGUCUAGCAGUGAACCGACGAGUUCUGAAUAUAGAAGUAGUAUUAGACAUUUCUUCCCCGAUAGUGUCAAAAGCAUAGAUAGUCCAUCACAAAUAUUAUCCAAGCUUUCAGAGUGCGCAAAAGAGAUAUUCACCUCUUCCAAUAGUAUUGAAGCAAAUUAUGUAAUAAAAGAUGACCUAUCUGAAUUAAGUAUUAACAAUUUGAAGAUAUCAGAAAGUGAUAGUGAAGAAGUGGCAGGCAGUAUUGAUGGCAGCACCUCAUGCCUGGAGCUAUGUUUCACGGAAGACGAAAGUGUUCCAGAUGAGAAAGUUUUAAAUUCGAUUUUAGAAAAUAAAGAGAAGGAAUAUUUGAAUUUACAAAUGAAAUGUAAUCAAAUAGAAAUAACGAGUAAGGAGAGAAUCAAUAAACUAGAGAAAGUGAUAUUAGAUCUGAGCAAAGAAAAUGAUAGACUGAAGGAACAGUUGCGGAAGUAUAUGUCAGCUGUUGAAAUGGGAAAGGCGUUAAAAAAUGAAGGAUGUGCCGAUGAAGAAGUCAGUCAGUAUGAGAGGAAAUUAGUACAGGUCGCUGAAAUGCAUGCAGAGCUAAUGGAGUUUAAUCAACAUUUACAAAAGCGAGUACAGGAGUUGGAGAACACAUCACUGAUGGAAAUAUUGGAAUGUCCCGAAUCAAAUGUAAAAGUUCACAUUCCGACGACAUUUUUAGUGGGAAAGAAAACACAUUCCUACCAUGUAUAUCAGAUAUUUCUUAAAGUUGGCCAAGAAGAGUGGAAUGUCUAUCACAGAUAUGCAAAAUUCCAUGAGUUACAUACACAGUUGAAGAAAUGCCAUCCAGAUAUAGCAGCUUAUAAAUUUCCACCAAAAAAAACCUUGAGGAAAAGGGACGCGCAGUUAGUGGAGCAACGUCGCGUGGCGUUGCAGGCGUACUUGCGACACGUGGUACUGGUGUUGCCAGAGUUGCGUGACUGUACCACACGCGCGCAUCUCAUCACUCUGCUACCGUUCCUAGGCACGUCAUCCACAUCGAAAGAAAAUGGACUGAAUCGUUCCCUAAAUCGGCAGCAAUCCGUCGAUUCAGUUUCUACUUAUGAUGGUCUGUGAUUAUGCGAGAGUAAUAAUAUUUUUAUAAUACAAUUAUGUAUUAUGAAAUGAGGAAUAAGAUUAUAAAUGGAAAUAAUUUUAUUGCCAAUAUUUUUAGUAUUGGUUUUCACAGUAUAACACAAUAUUGUUUUAAUUUCUUUUAACUGAACAUAAGAGUACAUAUGGUUUGUAAUAUAAAAUAUGAGUGAUCGAAAAUGCAACGACUACAUCGUUAUGUUAUGUGUAAUAAGCAGUGGUCGGAAUUAGGUAGAGUUAUUCAUGUACUUACACUGAUUUCAUACAGCGAAAGAAUAAAGUGGAUACGCCUCAAAUCCCGAGAUUAAUUUUAAAGAGCAGAAAAAAUCCCGUGAUUUUUUUAAAUAAAAAGUUAUUUACUUUUACCCAAUUUAAACUACUGCACGCAGGACGUUGCCAAACUUACAUCAAUGACAUCGAUGUCCAAAGAUGUCCAAGAUUGUCCAUGAGAAAUCCCGGGAAGGUCCACAUUAAUAUCAACAUUACGAUGCAAGUACAUAAAUAACUCUACCUAAUUCCGACCUCUGGUAAUAAGUAUAUCUGAUAUGUAAAUAUUAACAUACAGUAAAAUUAUGUAUGGGUAUCAAGUAAACUAUUAGUAUUAAACAGUAUCAGAAAUGUAGUUUGUUGCAGUAUGUAGGAAAAAUAGUUUAAAAUAUAUUUUAAUUGUGCAAUGAAAUAAAGUUAUUCACAGCAACAAUGUAUUAUUGAAUUAAUUUUAUGCUUUAUUUAUGUUUUAGACUGUGAUAUGAUUACAUAGCUUUACCGUGUAUUCAUAAGUUUUUAAAGGUAAUUCCGAUAAUUUUAAUAUAUUACCUUUUGGGUUAUUAUAGUAUUUGUUAUCUCUAAAACGAAGCCGUAUCUAGUUACUGUAGUAUCGAUCGUAUCGAUAGGACAGAUCACCCGACCUCUAUUCCGAUGUGUUAACAUCAUGUCAUGGUGUGUGUACCCCUUUAUUAAUAUUAACACUGACUGUCCUGUCCAUCAUUGUAUUUAAUACACUGAUGACUUUGCUUGAUACGUUAGUGCAUGACAGAACAUGCACCAAUGCAGUUACCAUAUUGUACAUUUUAUAUAUUUUUUUUUUAAUUAGUAGGUAGUAACAGAUAUAAUAAAAUACUGAAUUAGGAUGUACAGACUAAUAAAAGACAGACUCUAUUUCAGUAGUCUGUGCAUUUAAUACAAAGCAUUACUUUUCUUAAUUAUCUGAUAGCCUCUUAUAUAUGUGUUGUAGACGAAAUUAAAUUCAUUCAGUAACCCCCGAUUACCUUCAAAAUACAUUAAUAUUAUGGAUAUGGGAAUAUAAAUAUCGUUCGGACAGUUAAAGUGUUAAAAACUCCAAUAUAUCCAAAUUAAGUAUAAUAAUUAUUUUUACCGAAAUGCUGGUCAAUGUAUUAUUUAUACGCUACGCCACUGUUGUACCUUGUAAACCAUAUAUAUUUUGGUUCAUGUUGUAUUUAUUGAAAUCAUAUCAGGAAAGAUGUACAUAGUUUUAAGAAGAGUAUGUUAAUAAAUUAUGAAUAAAAAUUAUAUUGUAUAAAGAGUUUUAUAGUUAUUGAAAGAUUUAAUAUUUAACUGUACGAAACAAUAAAGUCUGUUCAUAU